AUGAGCAGUCAGCGUGUACCGAUCGAGGCUCAACGCGUCGAUGCACCUCUAACUAAAUGUGCAACAUUCCUCGUCGUGACGGUCACCAAAAAGCCCGAUUCGAUUAAAACAGUCCGCUCAACCCUCGCAGGUCUCGAUAGCUUAGCCAAAAAUGUCUCAAUCCGAGAUCUCAGCUCCCAAUUCGCCUGCACGGUAGGCAUCGGCAGCGAGAUAUGGGACGAUUUAACAGGUCUCCCACGCCCAUCAGAGCUCCAUCCCUUCCGCGAGGUGAAAGGCGACAAGCACACGGCCGUUUCUACCGCGGGAGAUCUACUCUUCCACAUCCGCGCCGAACGCCGGGAUAUCUGCUUCGAAUUCGAGCGCCAGUUGAUGGAUCAGCUUGGUGAUGCAGUCUCCCUCGUCGAUGAAACAGUCGGGUUCCGCUACUUCGACGUGCGCGAUCUUCUUGGUUUCGUCGAUGGCACGGCCAACCCCGUCGGUCCCGCAGUUCCUUCUUCCGUGCUUGUCGCGGAAGAGGAUACUUCUGCCCAGGGCGGUAGCUACGUAGUUGUUCAGAAAUACACGCAUGAUCUGCCGGGAUGGAGAUCUCUUUCUACGGAGCAGCAGGAGAAGAUCAUUGGCCGGACGAAACUGGAUAACGUCGAACUCGACGAUGCUGAGUCUGGGCAGCGCUCGCAUAAGACGCUUAACACGAUUGAGGAUGACCAAGGAAACGAGCAUGAUAUCCUGCGCGAUAAUAUGCCUUUCGGAUCUCCCGGCUCGGGCGAGUUUGGCACCUACUUUAUCGGAUACACGCGCCGCCUGUGGGUUAUUGAGAAGAUGCUGGAGCGGAUGUUUGUUGGAGACCCGCCUGGCUUGCAUGAUCGCAUUCUUGACUUUUCCAAGCCAUUGACUGGUGUCACAUUCUUUGCUCCUUCGGCGAGCUUCUUAGCGAGUUUGGAUGAUGAUUGA